AUGGUUCAACACCACAACACGAGGACGGGCUAUGGGUGGUACCGGGUGGUGUACUGCGGCAUCUCGGACGAGCAGACGUACGGCAUCGGCCUGGAAACGCUAACGCCUGGGCUCGUACAGCAGCUCGCUUCGGCACCGCCGGCGCCGCCUCCCGCCCCAGGCAGCUGCGGCCACUCCUACCACUUCGAAUGCCUGAAACAGCUAGGUGACGCGAACAUCUGUACGUCCUGCGGUGUGUGGUACGCAGUCGGCCAAUCCCCCCCCGAGACCUUCCCGCCGCCCGCCCCCACAUCCAUCUUCCAGCACGUGCACCAACACCUAUGGUUCGUGCCGCCCUUCUACCGCUAUAUCCUCAUCUACGGCGUGAUGCUCCUGGUCUCGCCCAUUGUUUUGCUGGCCUCCUUCCUGGGCCUGAUAUGA